AUGGGCUCUUUGCAGAAGCUGUGGGCAAGAACAUCUGGGUCUGCAGUGCUGGUGUCUGUGAUGGCACCCAGGCCGACGCCCACACCAGGUGGUCCCAGGCUCUCCCGGGCCCCUACGCCAGGCAUCCAGACAUUGGUGGUGUUGCCUGGUGGGGACCUGCUGGUUGGGGACCUGGGUGGUUCACUGCGGGCCUACCGUCAGCUUCCAGAUGUGAAGGAAGAUGGGCGACCUGUAUGUGCUGGCCCCCCUCGUGCCCACGGAACUGUCAAGUAUACACACCCAAAGGAUCCCACCAGACCGCUCCUCGCCCAGCUAUGGUCACUGGACGUUGGGGCCACUGUGACAUCGGUCAGUGUGGUUGGGCGGGAAGUGGUCUUGGGAACCAUUAACUCUGAGAUGUUCCAGGUUCACCUCCCAGCUCCCACCACCCACCAACCCUCUUCCAGAGUCCUGCCUCUCUAUAAGACAAAUGGAUGUAUGAGAAAAGCAAAUAACUCUGGCAACAGUGAAUCAGUGGGCAGUAAAAACACAGAUAAAAAAAAUAACAAAAGACUAUCAAGAUUAUCUGACCGUCUUCAGGAGAUCAGACUGGAUGUGAUGCCACUUGAGGCCCAUCUUCUGUCAACCUGUCAUUCAGAACCCAUUUAUGAUGUCACUUUUCCCAGGUUGGACAGGUGGAGUGAUGGGCGGCUACGAGGGCUGGGGGCAGAGAGCGGGCAGGUGGUGUGGACAGUGGAUGACGCUCAUCAUGGUGGAGUGAACACAGUCAUCACGCUCAGAGACGGCCACAUCAUCUCCGGAGGUCGUGAUGGGCGGGUGAGAGUGUGGGUAGUGGAGGGGUUAGGGGUGCGUAUGGAGGCCUCACAGAAGGAGCACCGCGGAGAAGUGACACAUCUGGCCCUCUCCUCCUCUGAGAAGCGGGUCCUUUCAUGCAGUGGUGAUGGUUCCUCUAUCCUCUGGCAGCUGCCGGAACUGGAACGAGUAUAUAAACUGACAGCCCACACGGUGUUCCUUGGUGGGACUGUACUGACCAGUGGGGAGAUGGCCACUGUGGGCAGCGAUGGGUCUGUACUGGUGUGGGACCACGAGGAUGGAGCCCUGCUGGCGGACCUGCCAGCUUCCACCAGACCCAUCACCACCAUCACCUCCACCACUGAUGACUCUACAUUGGUCACGGCGGGGGAAGACGCUGUUGUCAAGGUCUGGAACUGGAACAAAGGUCGUGUGACUCAUGAAGGUCGGGGUCACAGCGGCGCCAUCACCAAAGAUCAACUCUCACACAUGUUUGGUCUGUAG